AUGACCCAGACAGAUGCAGACUUUAACGGAGGUGUUUGCACUCUGUUCCUCUCUGUGACAGCAGAAGGCGCCGCAUCUACACAAGUUUGCCAUACCAGCAUUGUUGAGAAAGGUGUACAAGCAAGUGCCUCUGUGAGAUCGACAGCUAUCGGACCGAACGAGCGCAGCUGUGCAUUUCUUGGCUACAAUUCUCUGAUCCAGAGAAAGGAUGCCUUUCGUGAACUGUGUGGUGUUAGCGCAAACGUCUUUUCUCUGUUAUUGUCUGUGCUUUCACCCAUUGUUGAGAGAGAAGUGGACGUGCCGAUUUUCCAGAAGUUGUCCAUAUUCCUGAUGAAAAUGAAGCUGGGCGUUUCAUUCGCCAGCAUUGCAGUGCUUUUUGGCCUUCAUCGCACGACAGUUAGCCGCAUAUUCUACUUUGUAUUAACUAAUCUGUUAAAUGCAAUGCAGAAAUGGAUACCGGAGCCAUCGCUUGGAGCAGUACAAGCCACGAUGCCCACAUGUUUUAAGCUGCACUUCCCACGCUGCCGCUACAUAAUUGAUUGCACAGAGCUUCGCACAGGAGAACCACCCACCACAGAACAGAAACGUGCCCUGUUUUCGCAUUACAAAGGUGGCUACACGUUGAAGUUUUUGAUAGGUAUAUUGCCAAAUGGAACAGUCACCUUUGUGUCACAGGCGUAUGGUGGCCGCACCUCAGACACUCACAUUACACUGGAGUCAGGGUUUCUUGAUCGCAUAGAACCAGGAGAUGUUAUUUUAGCGGACAAGGGUUUCCCUGGAAUUAAAGCACCCACUGAAAGCCAGAAGGGAAUUAUUGUGCUACCACCAUUUUCGAAAGGAAAUGUUCAAUUCACCCAUGAAGAGCUGGAGCAAACCUAUCAUGUCGCACAAGUGCGUAUACAUGUUGAAAGAGCUAUACAGAGACUGAAAAUGUUUGGCAUAGUGAAUUCAAGGGUGCCUAUUGAUCUGAUUCCCCACAUGAGUGACAUAAUGCGGAUGUGCUGCAUUCUUGCGAACCUUCAGCCACCCAUUAUUGAGCCAAGUAAUCCAGACACAGAGUUAGUUUGAAUGCUCAUUUUGAUAAAUUUUUUGGGCGAAAAAGCAGCCUUUUGAAUAUGCUGGGCUGAGGCUGACAUCACUGAAUGUUUGUCUACUAUGCAUGCUUAGUUGUAAUGGUUCCAAAAGAGCACUUAGGUCGUUCUCUCAGUGGCUAAGCCAACCUUUUCUUAAAUGUUUAAGCUGCAGGUGAUAAUGGCGCAUACACGUUGGCUUAUGGGGAAUGCAGCAUAGCAGCAGCUGUAGCGGCACUGGCAUGGUGUUUUUUUGUAUAAUAAGUUGGCACGUGAUGUGAUGGAUGGUAAAUACAAAUACAUUUUAAAAAUA